AAAACAACGAGAAAAUUCAAAAACUCUUAAAGCAAUCAUCAAAGAAUGGUUAAUCCUUACAAUAUUCUAUACAAAACCUCUAAUGGGUAACCCAUACUUUUCAACAAGUCCUCGAGAUCUAUGGUCCAAUCAAUGGCAUCAAGUAUAUCAUCAAGUUUUUCAAGAACUUGGAUACCUUCCUGUCAAAAAUUAUUUUAAACGCAACCAAACCCUUGGGCGCGCACUUGGAAUAUGUGCUGCUUUUUUGAUAAUUUUGUGGGAAGUUGUUGAAGGCGAUAUUUUAGGAAGAGGAAAAGAUUUUAAAGAUAGUUUUGGAAUCAAA